UGUUCAUUGUUCACUCGGAACCAGUUAACACCGUGAAACUCAUUCCAGUCCACAGUAACGCCAUAUUUAAGAGGUGUUUAAUCUCACGCUCAAUUAGUCGCCUCCAUCGUUACCUACAACUGGCUGCCCAAUCAAUUAUAACUCGCCAUUGAGUGUUUAUAAAAAUUAUUAACUUUAAGGAAAUGUUAUGUUACAAUAGAAUAUUUAAAUCCAAAAUGGCGGCCAACAUCUCCUACUUCAUUGUGUUUGCAAUAAUCGCUGUCGUAAACGGCAAGCCGGCAGCAGAAGACGCUGAAGCGUACGUAGCAGGUGAAUCCGGACUUCAAAAAAUACUGCAGCUGUUGGCCAAUCAAGGUAAAUACUAUAUUGCACUCAGUCACCAUGAAGAUGGGCCUAAGAAGCACCAUGAGGACACGGCUCGCAUAAUCAGCGCCGGCAGAUAUCGUGACGUCGACUCCGACGAACCCGUGGACCUCCAUCGCCGGCCCGACAACCAUUUGCAAGUUCCUAAAAAUUUUAAUAAGGUUGAUAAAUUACAGUACAAACCUAACCGCUUCCAACCACUACCUAAUAUUGUGAAACCCUUGACGUUGACUAAAAAUGAUAAUUUAGAAUAUGUCUCAAAUGGAGAAGAUAAUAUUAAAAGAUCAAAUGUAGAAGAAGCGCUUGUGUUUGAUUUGACUCGAGCAGACAAUGAGGACUCUGUGGAGUCACAGGUCAAGGGCCUACUCUCGGACAACAAUGACGGACAGGACUCAGGGGUCGAGGACUACGUCAGUGGAAUAGAAAAACAAAUAAACAAUGGUGGGAGGGACACGAAAGGUAACUACAUGUUGCCCCACCACGAUCACGAGCAUGCAGCCGAUGCUAUUGAGUUACUGAAUUAUUAUCUGCUGCCAAGAACGCCACAACAGGAGGCAAGGCGAGAAGCCAGACUAAAACAAGAAGAAGAAGAAAGAAAAAGAAAAGAAAAAGAACAACAACUACUGCUACAACAGCAACAACAACAGCAACAACCAGAGAAUAGCCGAUAUACCUAUGAUUAAGAUGAAGGAGUUCCAUUCCACCUAGAAGUUCAAAGCUUAGGCCAAGUCAGCCCUAAUGUUCCUUAAUAUAUAUUCUAGGUUA